UAUUCACUAAUUUCCUCAUCCUUUUUCACUCUAAAUUAUCACAACCUAAAUAUAGUAAGUUAUCAAGUAAGAAAAAAAAAUGGGAUUAAAGGCUUUUAUACUUCUAAGCCUUGUUUUGGCUAUUUUUGCAAUUGUAACCUCAGAUGUUGCAGCUAGGGAAUUGGCUGAGAGCUCCACUACUACUGUGGAAAAUACAAAGAAAUCUGAGAAGAAAAAUGAGGUAAAUGAUGCUAAAUAUCCUGGAGGAGGUUAUGGAGGAGGAGGAUACCCUGGUGGUGGUCGCGGAGGUUAUGGAGGGUAUCCUGGUGGUGGUGGUGGUCGUGGAGGUUAUGGAGGGUAUCCUGGUGGUGGUGGUGGUCGUGGAGGUUAUGGAGGGUAUCCUGGUGGUGGUGGUGGUCGUGGAGGUUAUGGAGGGUAUCCUGGUGGUGGUGGUGGUCGUGGAGGUUAUACUUAA